AUGGAGGAGCCUUACGAAGAGAAAGCCAGUCGAGGUGGCCGAGGUGUCGAGUUCUGCUGUCUUUUCUAUCCGCUUGUCAAAGUAGGUGCCUACCUGAUCCCACUCGAAUUCGCUUUCGUCAGUGGCUGCAUCAUCGUGCUCAGCACCACGACACCCACCAUUGUGGCAGCGGUCGACACUUUACCUCGUAUCUUCACCUUGAUACUGCUCAUUUUUUCAAUCGUGACGCUCGCCUGGCAGAUCAUUGGACUGAUCACUGUUGGAGUCGAGAUGAGCUCGAUCUACCGACUCUACAUCCGCGUCAACUUGCUUCUUGUACUCCUUCUUACCACCGUAGCAUCGAUCGGGACGGCGGUGAUCGCGACCAAGCACAAGCAGUCGCAAGAAGUAUGUACCAGAAUUUACGGAAAUCCGCCACUCAACUCGUCGACGGGUGUGCCUUUUGAUGCAUUCGAUUCCUUCGCUCCGGGAAAGCAGAUUUGCAACUACUUUAUGUGGGCACAGGUGGGUGGUAUGGUCGGACUGGUGGUGAUUCUAUCUGCAACACAGCUUUACUUUUGCUACUGCCAACGUGCGUACGGUCAAAAGCAGCGUUCGGCUAUCUCACACCUGGAGAGCUAUUACAAAGAGACGUAG